AUAAAAGUAAAUGAACUGGUAAGCCACUGGUUUUGGUUCUGCUCUUACCGUUAUCCCAACUUCCAUAUCCAAACUGAAAGACACUGGUUUUGGUUUUGUCGGGAAAAGGAGAAACUUCAAAAAGAUGCCCACUUUGAAUCUCUUCACUAACAUACCAGUCGACGCCGUCACUUGCUCAGACAUCCUCAAGGACGCCACUAAGGCCGUCGCUAAAAUCAUCGGCAAACCUGAAUCCUAUGUGAUGAUACUGCUUAACAGUGGAGUGCCCAUUGCAUUUGCCGGUACCGAGGAACCUGCUGCAUAUGGAGAAUUGAUAUCUAUUGGGGGAUUAGGACCUGGCGUAAACGGGAAGCUUAGCGAGACGAUAUCUGAGAUUCUCCAAAUUAAGCUCUCCAUAGACAGCUCUCGCUUUUAUAUCAAAUUCUACGAUUCUCCGGUAAGUCCCCUUUUGCUUCAAAUUCAAAGCUUUGCAUAAGAAAGAUCUCAUUCUCAAGAACUUAUAUAUAGAAUGCUGAUUUAGAUUAAAGCUAGAUGCUGAUGAUGGGCUAUAUAAAUUAAUAUAUGGAUACACACUUAGAUGAAAGCACGAUGUUCUUUAGUUCUUAUAAACUUGAUCAAUGAAUAGAAUGUUAGUUAAAUUCUUUGUUUUGCUUUUCUUUGGCAGCGACCUUUCUUCGGUUACAAUGGAUCAACUUUCUGAAAAGAGGCGAAUUCAACCUUGUAAUGAUAUUUGGGUUAGAACUGUUUGCUUAUUCAUUUCAAAAGCUGUAAUUCUGAACCAUAAUUUAUAAUUUUACCUCCCUCAAAGCCAAUAUAUUUCGUAUUUAAAC